AAAAAUUGUAAUUCACUUUAAUUUAAAAAAGCGGGUUUUAACUGGCCUGUGAAAAUUCCGAUUUCCAUCGCCUGAGAUCUCCUCAAUUAGGGUUCUACUUCUAUACUUUCGCUAUCUGUUCCUUCAUUAGACAGAAAAUUGCUGUUUGAUCUCUUUUUCGAGGUUAACAAUCUAGCAAUUUUCAUUUUUGAAGCCAUGGAUGAGAAGAAUUUGGAGAAUCUGAAGAUCCAAUUGCAGCAGUUACACAAUGAUGCACACGAAUUUGUGCAGAGUAUUCCUCCAUCGCAGCUCUACAGUGCUAUCGGAGUAGUCAUUUUCACUAUAUUGGUCUUCUUAAUCAUUCGUCUUUUCAAGCCUAGGGCUUCAAAUACUAUUGUGCUCACUGGGUUAAGUGGAAGUGGCAAAACGGUUCUCUUUUACCAGCUACGGGAUGGCUCCUCCCAUCAGGGUACUGUGACAUCAAUGGAACCAAAUGAAGAAACAUUUGUACUACAUUCGGAGACAACUAAGAAGGGAAAAGUGAAGCCAGUGCACAUUGUAGAUGUUCCUGGGCACUCACGUCUUAGACCCAAACUAGAUGAGUUCUUGCCUCAAGCAGCUGGAAUAGUUUUUGUAGUAGAUGCUGUGGAACUCUUACCUAAUGUUCGUGCUGCUUCAGAAUACCUCUAUGAUAUUUUGACAAAGGCUAGUGUCGUGAAGAGAAAGAUCCCUUUGCUACUCUUGUGCAACAAGGUAGACAAAGUUACAGCACAUACAAAAGAUUUCAUCAGAAAACAACUUGAGAAGGAAAUCGACAAGCUCCGUGCGUCAAGAACAGCAUUAUCUUCAGCCGACAUUGCUAAUGAAUACUCACUGGGGGUACCUGGAGAAGCUUUUGCAUUUCAUCAGUGCCUCAACAAAAUCUCAGUCGCCGAAGCGUCUGGUUCAACUGGUGACAUCUCUCAGUUAGAGCAGUCUAUCAGGGAUUAUGUUAAAGCUUGAAGCAAUUUAGAAGCAUGGUCGUGAUUAUGUAAAAGCAGUGAAAUCUGCAGAGAUGAGUGCAAGAAGAGCCAAGUUCAAUAGGACAGACAAUAUUCUGAUGUAUCACCUCAUAUUCUCAUUUUUCAGUUACAGAAUAUUUGUGGCCAUUGUGUACUACAACUGUAUGAAAAAUGUUUUAUACUAUGCUUCUAGGAUAUAUUUUUGUGAGCCCUUCCCCCUUCAAAA